AUGCCGCUCACACGUCGUGUCAAAACGGAAGCAAUGCCUUCAGCCAACCGGAGUGGCGCGCAGUAUCCCUUCGUCUCGCGGGACGUGGGGCCUAGUCGCAAUACUCAAAUUGCUUCUACGAGUAGUACCGCUACCAGCUCCAGUCCCGCAAUCAACGACGACUACGAUCACAGCCUCGAAACGAACGAGAACGGCAAGCGAAAUCGAUACCAGUACAGCUGCGUCCAGUGCCAACGGCGCAAACAGCGGUGCAGCCGCACCUUUCCCUGUGAGAAGUGCGUACAGCGUGGAAUAGCCCAUCUGUGCGUGCCUCCGAGCAACUUGCAUCGCCCGUCCAGGCGCAUUCGGAUGCGCCAGAAGCUCGCUCUUGCAGCUUCUGGUAAGGCUCAACCCGACGACAAGCACGAGCCAGAAGACGACAUGGACGACAUGAAUGCCUAUGAGCUCGACGACGAGCAGGAUAUGAGCUCUUCGAAUCCAUCCCAAGCCGUCAAUGGAUCUACGACAUCUGGCAGUGGGGUUCUCACGACCAAUCGAUCGCUUGGCGAGAGUGGCCCAACCGAUUUUCCCGCCUCGUUGUUCGGUCCGCACCGCAGGGAGUACGAUCAAACAUAUCGUGCAGACCCUCAAGACCAAGACACCAGAAGUCAGAUCUACACCUACGAUCAACAGCAUCAUCAGCACCAGCAGUGGUUGCGAGGACAACAGUCAACACCAUCUGAUCGGUUCUCGACCUCCUUCCCGCAGUCGCAUCGAUCUUUACACUCGUCCCGCCACAUGAAUGCCGAUGCCGACGCCGAACAAAGUCUCAAUGAGAUGGCGAUGUCUCGUAUCCGCGCAGCAGGACGCAGCUCGCUUUCUUCCUCAACACGCAUGCCGCCGCCAUCUCAAAGUCCCUCGUAUUUCGGCUCAUCUUCUGCUCAUGAGCCCGACGGUAUCUACGUAUCCGGUGCUUCACGAGUGCUGGUGCCUCUCCGCACCGAUACACGCCACAGUAACCGCGGGACGGCCCCAUCUGGCGCCGAUGCGCUCGCCCAGCUUGCGACAGUAGCUCACUGGCCAGCGCUGCAACAGCAAACCCAGCGUCCGAACACGUCGCCUGAUCAUAGAAGUCGCUCAACCUCGGAGAAUGAGCCAGGCGCUCCCUCAUUCUCCAGCUCAGACGCACCGAUCGCUGCCUAUGCGCUUGUUGCUCCUUCCUCUUCCCGCAGUUUCCAAAGCGCUCCUACGCUCAGUGCGGACCAGCGAAGCAUAGUAGAUGCCGACGACGCCUUCAUUGGCAAGCCUGCUCUCAACGGUCUUGGCUGGAACCCCUUUCGUCGUCACGACGGUGUCGGCACCGACCUCUUGUCCUGGACCGGCCAACUCGGCAGGGGUUUCGGUCUCGUCAUUCCCAAGUACGAGCUCCGAUCUGUGCAACAAUCCCUUCCCAGCAAAACCGAAGCACAUCGUCUCCUGCAGAUCUUUCUCGAUGAUUUCAACUGGAGUCGUUUCCCUUCCAAUCCCGACGAAUUAGUCAAAUCCGUCGACAUCUGCAUCGAUCGUUGCGCCGUUUCGGAUGAUGUACAGCUGCUGCCUCUCAUGGCUUUCUGCUUGUCCAUCUUCGGUCUGGCAACUCUCGACCUGGCGGUGCGUCCCUACCCAACAAGACCAUCUCGCACCUACUUCUUCGCCGCGCGCAAAGCAUUGUCUUUGUCCGAGAGCCUCGGGCUGCACACACUCGAUUCGCUCAGGGCAUCCUUGAACCUGUGUCGGUAUCUCGAUCUCUGUCGCGUUCCGAGGUCCACUUGGUUGCAGGUUGCAUCUUGUAUGCGAGGCGCCAUCGACUUGGGACUGCAUCUCGAUGGCGCAAGCUUGGGGCAAAACAAUUCGGCGACUCUUCAGCGGCGUGUGCUCUGGUCGCACAUCAUUCAACAGGACCGCGAAUGGAGCGUGCUUUUCGGAAGGCCGAUGAGUGAGAUUCCUUUUUCAACCACGCCCACGCCGACGCUCCAAGACUAUCUGGAAACUGGUCUUGAGCUCCCUUGUGCUCAGUAUCUCGUUACGCGCGACGCUUUCCGCAUUUACAUCGAACGCAUCUCGCGUCUCUUCCAGGAGAUUGCUGCUAACUCCAACACCUCGCCGACCACGAGGAUCUACGAUCGAGCUCUCGAGAUCGACCAUGAUGUCGAACGAUUCGUGGAAAGCCUUCCACCGUGUCUAUCAGCAGGUCUGUCACUUUCGGGGGGCGCGAUGAAGCAUCAAGAUUUCUCAACCACUUUCUACCACCACCUAUGCACAAAUCAGAUCCUCUUCUUCCGCUCGCUGCUGCAUCGGCCGUUUUGGAUGGAGUCGGUGGACCUAGUGUCGGCGGACAAGUUCAAGCAUUCCCGCCAGAUCUGCGUCCAACUCGCGCUCAGUGACUUGCGUGGACGACGCUUGCUUUCUCGACGUAUCCCUGUCACCAUGCUCUGCCAUCUUUACGGCAGUGCGUACUCUCUGUUGAGUAUGAACACAAUCAUUGCAAGUGAUGUGCUCUUCGCGCUGGAGUUUGACGAGACGCUCAAUGCCGAAGAGGUUCAAGAGAAGCUAGGGUUUAUGCAAGAAUACGUGGCUACGGUGCGCGCCAAUAUUCAAGAAUCCCGCGGCGACCACCUUGCCGUGAAGGAACUCUAUUUGAUGAGGUCGCUCCUGAAACGCAUUCAAGACAAAGUUGCCACGCUCAAUCCACAGAGUGUAGGAUUUCAGAUUCUCGGCGUGCGCUGCCCGGGCGGAUGUGCGGACCGGCUCGCAAUGACGCUGACGGAGCUUCAGAGCGCAGCCAGCCUUCUGCUCAACAUGGCACGUGCUGGUGUGCGCAUCGACGAUGCGACCCGGAUCCCGCCCACUGGCGAAGACAAGACUGCCACAAGCAGCCAUUCGAAUCCAAGCUCUGCGCCAUCGCCCAGCAGUGGCGGCGUGCUUGCAGUCACGGCGGCUCGGUCUCAGCCCCACGGUGGCAUUACUGCGGCAGAUGACGCACAUGACUACGGGAACAUCGAGGCCCAGAACGGAAUGGGCAGGAUGGCUGCAACGGACUCGGCUUCAGCCUCAAGCAUGUGGAACGCUAAUCACGCGAACGGAGUCACUCCCUCAGCAGAAUCGCUUGAUCUGUUCUUGUCGAAUGCAGACGAAUGGCUGUCGUCGUUGCUCAAUCCUGGCGCAGCUGCGUUCUCUGCACCAACGCAGCCACUUGAUUUUGGCUUCUCAUUGUUUUGA